GCAGAUAAUUGAUUCCAUGUCAUAUGCUAAACUUAAUGUUCUUCAUUGGCACGUCAUAGAUGAGCAGUCAUUUCCUUUAGAAAUACCUUCAUAUCCAAAUUUGUGGAGAGGUUCAUAUACAAAGUGGGAGCGCUAUACAAUAGAGGAUGCAGCUGAAAUCGUCAACUAUGCCAAACUAAGAGGCAUUAAUAUUAUGGCUGAAGUAGAUGUCCCUGGUCAUGGAGAAUCAUGGGGCAAAGGAUAUCCUGAUCUUUGGCCUAAUUCUUCCUGCAGAGAGCCCCUUGAUGUUUCAAAAAAUUAUACUUUUGAUGUAAUUACUGGCAUUCUGACAGAUAUGAGAGAGAUUUUUCCUUUCGAGCUAUUCCACUUGGGUGGUGAUGAAGUUAAUACAGAUUGCUGGAACACUACUCCACAUGUGAAGGAAUGGCUUCAAGAUAAGAACUUUACUACGAAAGAGGCAUAUCAAUAUUUUGUACUCAGAGCACAACAAAUAGUUCUGUCAAAAAAUUGGACUCCUGUGAACUGGGAAGAAACAUUCAAUACUUUUGCAGAAAACCUUCAUCCAAGGACUGUUGUGCAUAACUGGUUGGGCCCAGGGGUUUGUCCAAAGGCUGUUGCCAAAGGUUUCAGAUGCAUUUUUAGCAAUCAAGGUGUGUGGUAUCUGGACCACCUAGAUGUCCCAUGGCAUGAAUUCUACACUGCUGAACCACUAGAAGGAAUAGAUGAUGCUUCUCAGCAAAAGCUUGUCCUUGGAGGAGAAGUUUGCAUGUGGGCUGAGACAGCUGAUACAUCAAAUGCUUAGCAAACAAUUUGGCCUCAAGCUGCAGCUGCUGCAGAGCGGUUAUGGAGUAGUAAGGAGGCCACAUCCACUGGAAACAUUAAUGAAACCGCAUUACCCCGGUUGC